CCACGAAUACGAAAAUGAACACGCUAAUACCAUUUUCAUACUCAUACUGCGCCAACUAGGUAGGACGAAGGCACAAAGGCACCGUAGUCACGUUGAAAAUCCCUGAAAAAUUUCUCUCCAAUUUUUUUUUUCUCUCAAUCAUUUUAAAUAUCUUCUUCUAUUCUCAUCAGUUUCAAUUCUCAACGCCUCUAUCCAUCUCUUUCUCUCUCUCCCUCUCUCUCGCUCUAUCUGAUGCCUCAAGUCGAUCUCGAAACGUUAGUUUGCGGCGGUGACCGAAAAAUCGCAUGCGAAAGCUUAAUUGAGGAUCAGCAAAAUCCGCCACCGGAUAAACCAGAUCCUCCGGAGGUUCCACCUGACUUUCCGACGGAAUCCUUUCAUGAAGAAGACGAACUUGAUUGGGCCGAUCGAAACGCUAUAUACUUUGACGAGCGGAAGGACUCCCACAAGGUGAAGUCUAAUCCCAGCUCCAAUUCAAUCUCCAAUCCUAAUCCCAAUCGCAACUCGAACUCGAACUCCAACUCAUCGUCUCAGAGGUUCUCCUUGAAAUUUACCUCCAACGCGUCCAUCAUCGGACUCCCAAAGCCACAUAAACCCACUUUCGUAAACAGCAAAUCCCGGCGACACGGACGGCCACCUCGACCCCGGUUCUUCCCCAAAAAACCAUCACGGAGUGGAAAAUCCCUCACGUUUACGGAACCUUCAUCACCUAAAGUAUCGUGUAUUGGGAGAGUCAGGUCCAACAAGGGCAGAAACCGCCGUAGCCGAAGUGGCCGGCGUUCUACGGAGAUCAAUUCCAAACCGGAAAACAAAACCGGAUUCUGGUCUUCUUGUUUCAACGCGAUUCUGCAGUCGUUCAGUUGCCCGAAAAAUGGGUCAGGCGUUGAUAUCGACGAGCAUAAGCGACCAAACGAUAAUGAUUCGGCUUCGCCGUCGCCGCCGCGUUGGAGCUUCGCAGAGCGGGAGCAGAAGAUCUCGAUGAGUGCACCAUUGGGGGAUCCGCCAGGGUUGGGAGGGAUGAAGCGGUUCGCGUCUGGUCGGAAAUCGGAAUCGUGGGGUAGCAGUGAUUUCGAUUUAGAAGAAUCGGUGGUGGAAUCGGACGCACCGGAUCAUGAGCAGAACAGUAUAUGGCAUCGUCGGGGUGUGGGCCCACCGAAGAAAAUUGAUUCCUUACACGACUGGGAAUCUGACGGUCCCGCUUCUGUGUGAUUUACAAAACAAAGAUGAAUGAACGGUUGGAUUUAUCAGAAAUCACCAUUCUCACUGGUGGGUGGCCACGCUUGGCAGCAUUUCACUCAUUUAAAUCGUUACCCGGUUUUGAGGUAAAAUCGAAAACUAGUUUUAACUCAAGUUUUUACCGCUUGUUUUGGGUAUUUUUAUUGUUCUCGUUUUUUCAAGUAAAUGAGUGGGAGAGAAUUUUGUAAAUACAACGAGGGAAAACAACUACAGUUUGUGAGUGAUAGAGGGACGCACCAUCAUGAGUCUUGUGUUUCUGAUUUAUUACUUUUUUUUUUAAAUACUAUAUAUGUUGUUGUAUACUUUUCUCUUGAUUCUUCUAAUAAAAGAUCAGAGAUACGUUAUGGUGCAA